ACGUAGCUGCUGCUCGGCGCUGGCUGCAGUGCGUGUGUGUAUGGGAGUGUGUGUGUGUGUGUGACGGUGUGUGUACGGAGGCCGAACAGACAGAAACGCACAGAGAGAGAUAUCAGCUCACAGUCCGGCUCGGAGACACAGCGGAGACACCGCCGACUCUCUGAACGGAGAUCAUUUCGGAGGAUUACUGGCUGUAUUUCCGCUUUUUCAGUCAGCCCGCCUCAGGAGUGAGCUGUAGAGAGAUACGGAGCUGUGAACGAGCGCGCGAGCAGCCCGUGUCAUUCGCCUCAGAGAGAGAGAGAGGGAGAGAGAGAUGCUGCUGCGGUUCCCUGUCCAUCGUCUUUCGACCACGAGAGUCUGAAGCGGCCAGAGAAAUGGCUCUGUAGGCCGGACAGCGCUGUUCGUGUUGGUGAAAAUGCGAGGCAGCGGCUCGCUCUCUGCAGGUGGAUGGCCGACCUGACCUGACGGGCGAGAGAGGGAGAGAGAGAGGAAGAUAAAGGGGAAAGGAGAGAGAGAGGGAGAGGUGUGAGGCCAUGCUGCCCGGGGUAGGCGUGUUCGGCACCAGCCUGACGGCCAGGGUCAUCAUCCCGCUGCUGAAGAACGAGGGCUUCUCCGUCAAGGCUCUGUGGGGACGGACCCAGGAGGAGGCCGAGGAACUCGCCAAGGAGAUGAACGUCCCCUUCUACACGAACCGGAUCGACGACGUGCUCCUCCAUCAGGAUGUGGACCUGGUCUGCAUCAACCUGCCCCCGCCCCUCACCAGACAGAUCGCCGUCAAGACGUUAGGCAUUGGCAAGAACGUCAUCUGUGACCGGACGGCUACUCCACUGGACGCCUUCCGCAUGAUGUCAGCAGCCCAGUACUACCCCAAGCUGUUGAGCAUCAUGGGUAACGUCCUUCGCUUCCUGCCAGCCUUCGUGCGCAUGAAGGAGCUGUUGGAGGAGGGCUACGUGGGGGAGCUGCUAGUGUGCGAGGCACAGGUCCAUGGUGGUAGCCUCCUGGGCAAGAAGUACAACUGGAGCUGCGACGACCUAAUGGGUGGCGGAGGACUUCACUCGGUGGGCAGCUACAUCAUCGACCUGCUCACGUUCCUAACUGGCCGACGUGCCGUCAAGGUGCACGGCUUCCUCAAGACUUUUGUCAAACAGACUGACCACAUCAGGGGCAUCAGACAGAUCACCAGCGACGACUUCUGCACCUUUCAGAUGGUGCUGGAAGGCGGCGCCUGCUGCACCGUGACACUGAACUUUAACGUGCCUGGCGAGUUCCGGCAGGAGGUGGUCGUGGUGGGCACGGCUGGCCGCCUCACUGUGAGCGGCACAGACUUGUACGGUCAAAAGAACAGUGGUGAGGGAGGUCGAGAGCUCCUACUCAAGGACAGCACGCCAUUGGGCAAUGCCUCCCUGCCUGAUAAGGCCUUCAGCGACAUCCCCUCGCCCUACCUCACGGGCACCAUCUGCAUGGUCCAGGCUGUACGGCAGGCCUUUCAGGACCAGGAUGACCGGCGGACCUGGGACGGGCGGCCGCUCACCAUGGCCGCCACAUUUGAGGACUGUCUGUAUGCUUUGUGCGUUGUGGACACGAUUAAGAAGUCCAACCAGUGUGGCGAAUGGCAGAACAUUGUAGUGAUGACGGAGGAGCCUGAGGUCAGUCCAGCCUACCUGAUUAGCGAGGCCAUGCGACGCAGCAGGAUGUCUUUGUACUGCUAGAGCUGCUUGAGAAAUCACUGAAUGGAGUUAAAUGGAUGUUCAGUGAAAAUGAGAGAAAGAGAUCGUUCCCUUGAGGAUUGGAGGAAUGUGGUAAAACAAAGCCUGCUACAUUUUGAGUUGCGCUUACUGGUACGUCCAGUUUCUUGCUUUGCUGGGAAGUGAAUGAAAGGAAUGCACAGGAUGGCAAGUAAACAGCAAUAUACUUUCUUGACUUUCUCUGAACGGCACUGCUUCUGGGAGAAAUCACACUGGAUUCAUGGAGGAUGAGUGAGUGGAAACUGUUUAGCUUAUUUUUCCUCACUGGAGAAUACCUCUCCAGGAACACAUCUAGCCAUAACAAACGUGGCUCUGUCCUUCCUGCAUGGAGAUGAAUGUCCAAACCCAAUGGGCUUGAGUACUACUGUCCUGUGUAUAUGUACUGUGAGUAUGUGUAUGUGUGUGUACUGUUUGUGUGCUGAACAGUACAAAAAGCCUAAAAAUCAAUAGUUUGGCUGGUAGGCCUUUUAAAGAGGAACUCCCCUCUAGUCAAAUUCGCAAUAAAUCUGCCUAGACACCCUUGUAUGCCUGAAAUACAAGGUAAUGGCUUUUUCCAGCUAUGUGUUUGAAGAGGAGAGAAUAAUGCACACAUAUUAACGUGAGUCUGCUUUUCUUUGUAGCUUUAGGUUGGCGGCACUAACUAGGGCUGAAUGAUUAAUUGUUUUUAUAUCGCAGUUUGAAAAAAUGCAAUUUUUAAAUUGCAAGAGCUGCAAUUUUAAUUAUAUACUACAUUAUUUAACGUUGUCUUAACAUUACAUUCAGCAUUUAUCCCUCAAGCCCAAAAAAUAGAUGUGGUCAUGUUCUUGAGGGCAAAAAAGCCUGCAGCUAAAUUUAUAGAACAUAAUCGCAUUUAAUAGCAGUCAAAAAAUCUGGUCGGAAAAAUUACAGUUAGUUUUUUUUCCUUAAUCGUUCAGCCCUAGCCGUAACUGUGUUUUACAGGUUCUAUAUGAGUCUCAGUGUCGGCCAGCUUGAUUCAGCGUGUGAUGCAGAGCCUUCCUAUGCUUGCAUGAUUGGGUAAGAAUGUAGAAUGCAUCUGUGGACGCAAGUCAAUCAAUCAGCAGUGGCCUCUGUUUAGUCCUGCAUAAAUGUUCCAGCAUGCACGCGACCUGCACUGUUACAGAAAAGACUGAAAUAAUUACUAUCAAUAUGAUCUAAGCAAACAAGUGGUACAUGUGGUAGAGAUAGAACCUAAAACAAAAUAGUAAAUAUGCCUAUUUGUUCUUAGUUAUUGACUUAGACAUUCAUGAGUCUUACACCAUCGCUUACUAUGACCUGUUAUAUGGCAAAACAGUAGUAAUACUAUUUGUUUACAGGGUAAAAUCGCUGGUGUUGAGUGGAUGAUAUAAGUCUGAAGUUGAUUCAAACACUGCCGAUUUUACGCUCCGUGGUUUUUCAUCUGCAUGCUCUAAGCUCGGUUUAUGUGUCUUAGCCAGGUCUGAUAAUGGGCAGGUUGGUUUAUAUGGACAUUUCUAGCAACCUUUCAUAUAAUCAGAGUUGCACAUUCUUGAGGGCUAGAUACAAUUAGAACCAGCUAUAAGCUUAAAAUUCUGUAUACCAAAACCUAUUCAAAACAUGCAAGAGGUGCUAGACGAUGGUAUGAACCAAUGUACUGUAUUGACCUGAAGAUAUUCCCAAAUUACAUUUUUAUUAGUGCAGAAUAAUUUUCAGCAUCAUCUGUUAUCACUUACUCUUAGCUCUCACACUGACCUACAAGCCAAAAGAUUGAUUUUUAUUUUAAUCUUUCUUUUUAAGUGUUGUCAAGGUAUUACAAAGCUCAAAGUGUUCGGCAUAACAUUAUCCACUGUCUGUGUUCAGUGUAGGUAACAUAUUAUGGUAGCAUUUUACUUGAACUCUGCUACAUAACAUUGACAUGACCAUGCCAUACACGUCACAGCAGAUCAGCUGUCAUGACAGAUUUUUCCAGGAAUAUAGCAGUGUCGUGUUUCCAUUACUGUUAAUUGUCAUGACAGAUGCUAGUGCACAAUCAAAAAUUAGCACAUGACAUUAGUUGUCAUGAUAGCUGACAUUUGCCGUGAUGUUUAUGGCAUGGUUGUCGAUGUUAAGUAGCAGAGUUCAAGUUAAGUGUUAUCCUUAUUGUUGCAGUCAUCACUCAGCUGAUAUAAUGGAGUCAUAUGGCUGUCAUAAGCAGUAGUAAAAAUCAUUUUAAAUAAUGUUUUUUUAUAAUAAGACUGACAACAAUGAUGCAAAUGACUUUCAACAAGAUUCCUAGCGAGAAUUCAUACUGAUCACUGUGUCAUGCUUGUGUACAUUAUAAUGUGUCAUAACCAGUUAAGAUUUCCGUGAACUGUUACGACAGCUUAUCACACUGUUAUAUUAGCUUCAACCUCACAGAAGUUUAUUUUGAGAAACAUACGUUGACAUUUUGUUUGAUUAAAUAUGACUGUAUUUUUUUUUAAACUGCCUGUGAAAAACACCUGCUGUAAAUAACUACAUACCUUUUUUAUACAUGCUAUGUGUAAAAUAGACAUAUUUAUUUUAGUUUUUUUUGGAUGUUUCGCUUCAAAUCAGGAACUGUGUGUAUUGUUAGAGAGGAACAGAGAGGCCUUUGAGUGCACACUUCUCCAAGAGAAGUGCAGCACUUCCACUGUGAUGCUACUGUUAAAGUGUGUGACCAAAUCUGCCCCCCCCUUCUUCUCCCUUCAAGUAAGUGCACCUGUUUCAGUGCUGUUAGUUCACACUAUUAGUGACUGUACAAAUUCAUAGAAAAUCAACCAUGACAAUUUUCAGAGGUACAAACAUAAUGUUUAGCAAAGUAUUGAAAUCUUCAUUUCUGCAUGAUGAUAUCUGAAUCAUAUUGGUGCCAGCAAAUAAUUGCAUUGAACCACUAAUUAGAUUUGACUGUGUGGGCUAGUGGUGGGCGAUAAGGCAAAAAUAUAAUAUAACAAUACUUGAAGACAUAUAUGCAAUAUUGCGUAUAUUACGAUGAUAUACUCAUCAUGAUAUUUCAGUUGUCAGUGCUUCAAUAAGUUGGAACAGAAAUAAAGCCCUGUAAGUACCACAAUUUAAAAUAUAAUGAAAAACUAUCAGUGCGGUGAUUUUUAUUUAGCGUUUCACAUCCAGUUAAACAGGACUCAUUAUACUGUCUUUGUAAUGAAACAUGCAGUUGGUCAGUGUUCUUUAAGUACUGUUUAGUGGGUUGGUGGAUGGAAUGCUAUUAGCACACUGAGGAAGGUUGUGUGCUGAAAUGCAUCUGUGCUUAUAAUGAGUUUAAUAAAUAUUUUGGCAAUUAUGCAAGUGCUGUCUGAACCUUUUCUUUUAGUACUGACCAUAUUCGCAAUACGCUCAGAAAAGCAGACAGUGACAUGGUUUGUCACUGUAAUGGAAAAAUAUUGUCAUAUUGCCCAGCCCUAAUUCAAACUGUAUAUUUAAUUAUGUAUUUAUUGUAUUCUAGAAGAGCAGAACGUUAAGUCAGUGUGGAUUUACUGAGCUAAAAGGUCUGCAUUACCUUUAUUUUAUAUCUCUUGUAACCCCCUACAAAUAAAUGGUACAUUUAUCCAUAAAGCUAGUCCAAAUGUGUCUGUAUCAGCAUCGACAUCGACAGAUAUUGGAUAUUUGUACAUGCCUAUGAAUUUAUAAACACAAAAAGUCGUUUGCUCCUAGAAAUGCUAGCUUGUUUAUUCUUGGAUAUUUGUAAACUGUUCCCGUGUUCAUUUAUUCCUGUUUGCCCAUGUGCUAGUCUCAUACUCCAAAGCAUACUAAACUAGACUGUAUACUGACAGCCAAGCUCAGUGACCUUUCACCUUCUUUUCUUAAUCCUUCACAUUCGUUCUGCUUCGUGCACAAAAUGAGCUGAAGCAGCCAUGAGAAUGUGAAUCAUGUCACUUUUGACAUCUGGGCUGGACAUUUUUGCAGUGAUCUUAAGCUGCAUUUUUAAUGUUUCCACAUAAAUAAUUCUGGUCAUUUCUCAUUAUGGGCCUUUAAAAUGAAGAGAAGGACAGACAUAGAUUCACUCUGCCCUGCAGCCUCCAUUAACUUGGCUCUCUAUUUAAUUAAAAGUCCCUAAAGGUCACACAUCAUCCCCACUUCUCUUAAUUGACGUGAGUGCUACAGAUAACGUUUUCUAAAGACAAAAAUGGGCUUCCCAUGGCUGAAGUUUCACACUGGGAGAAAAUAAAGUACUUGAAAGCUAAUCCAGUUUGUGCCUAUGGCUGAUUCUGGACACUUCAGAGUUAUCAGCAUAAUGCAAAUACGAGCAACUAUCAUCAAAACAGCCUUCAACACACCCUUGUAGUUAUUUGUCUGGAAAUUCAUUAAGUGCUAAAAAUGUAUUUUAAAUGAUACACAGCCUGAAACAUGUGCCGCUGAUCAUUUAAUAAGAGCUGAAUUAACUUUAUAGCAACUGAUAUCAGCUUAAUUGAAUCUGUAUUGAUGUGAGGUGUGUUCAUCAGUGCGGUGCACACUUUCACGACAGGUUCCAGACAUGAAGAGACGAUUCAACUAUGUGGGGCAUUCAUACUCUUCAAAAGUGGGCCAGAUUUUGUCACUGAAAACAAUGUCUUUGGAUUUUACAAAGAGAAAAGAGAACACACUUUGCUCAAAUCUGAAUAUUCAAUAUAAAUCUGAAUUAUAUGAUAAGCUUGUCAUGAUUGUUUUUUAAACAUUUUGAAGUCAGUUCCUAUCAUGACUAUGAAAGUUCCAUUGAGAAAUCAAUGUGUGUCCACCAUCUGUCCUUCUACAGCUGCUGUAUUAAUGCAAUUAUGCAGAUAGUGUGAUGAUGUCUGUGUAACUGGAAUAAGUGUUUUUUUUUUUUUACUGUCUUACUUUUGGUAAUGUGAGGUUUUACCCCAGACAUACUGGACACAUGAUGACAAAGCUGCAGUCUUGUUGCUGAUUGCUGUUAUGCUCUUUCUGAACUUGCUUGUUUCUGAACAAAACAAAACUACAAAAAAAUAAGAUAAAAACUUGAAACCAUGGGGAAAAUGUUACAGCUGGAAAUGUUCUAAGUGUAUAUGUACGCUAGUACCGCUGUUGUGUGUGAGUAUCUCUUCCCUUCUCUUUAGGCAGCAUUUGCAAACAUGUUGGGUGAGGAGGUGGAGGUGGUGGGGCGCUUUGAAAGGCCUGGGGACUAAAGGGGUCUGGAUUUGGCGAGGACACACUCAGCCUUCCAAAAUUGUUUCCGGUUAAACAAAGCUUUGAUGGAAGGGUGAGUCUAAGAAGAAGAGUGAAUCCUUUUAGUCAACCUUGGGAAGAUGUUAAUGCGUAGCCUCUCAGCCUAUAGACCAGGCGUGUACUGAUACACAAAAUUCACGAGGAGAUGUGUACUGUUGUUUUUGCUCCGAUACAUUCAAACAGAAGUAAAAAAUAAAGGGCAGCAUUCUUUUGUUUUGUUUGUUUGUUUGUUUUUGUCAAAGACUCAUUUCAGUUUGCAACAGUAAAUACAUUGCUAAUACUUUACCGAAGGGCAGCAUUUGUAAGGUUCCAUUACACCUAUAUAAGCCCUUCAAUGCAUAAACCUACAUAAACAUUUAUAAAAAACCUUAUUUUCACUAGUGUCAGUUUUCAUAAAGGCUCCCUUUGUCGAUUUUAUGUUAAAAAGCUUAUGUUGGUGUUAACUCUGCCCUAAUAUUUUUAUAGUACAAAAUCUAUUCUGUUUAAUUCAUAGUGUGGAUUAUCUCUUGCAUCUCCCAUAUUGAAAAAAGAAUAUGAAUAUGUGUAACGUAGCCCCAUGUGUACUGCAGCUGGCGCACUCAGAAUGAUAAUAUAUGGCCACAUUUAUCCUCUGCGAGCUCCACACUAAAGCCUGAAUGUCUGUCCAGUUUGCGUGUUUGUGCUGUUAACAGCUGCUUUGCCAUUUUGUUGUGGCAGUGCAGAUGUGGAUGGACACACACACCCCACUUUUCCCCCACGCAUUGCACAGCUCCUGCUGGGGUGAGGGGUGGUGUAGGGGUGCCCCAGUGAGAGGGGGGCGGCUGGGGUGUUCAUGAUGAAAAGACACAGAGCUCAAAGAGGUGCUUUUUGUGCACCCUCACUCAGUAUCCUAGCAACCGGCUGCCACAGGGCCAAACCGGGCUCAUCUUAAACGUUCUCUCCCACCCUGCUGCUUCUCUUUCUCCUCACCUCUCCUUUUCUCUUCUUCUCCUAUCCUGUUCUGUCUCCUUUCCUUUUCUCUGUCUAUCCUGUAUCUCUCUCCCCUUCUCUCUAUUCCUAUCACGCUUGCUCUGUCCCUCCUCUUUUUCUCUUUCUUCGUGAAGUGCAGUAAAUUUAAUGGUCUUCCAGGUGAUUCUAAUAUUUUUACCAUCUCAGUUAAUACUGCUGUUUUACAUCAUGGUUCAGAAUUAAUGAUAUUCACCAUAACCCUGAAUGCCCACAGGCUUUAGAAGUAAUUGGCGAUGGUCAAGCAGAUUGAUUGUUCUACAAAUGUUCUAAAAUACAAAGCUAGAAACUUUUGCAAUAUUUUUAGUUUAGGCAUUUCAGUAUUAUUGCUUUUAUUUUUACAACUCGUACAAAAUGCACUUUGAGCUGCCACCGGCAUGAGAAGUGCUAUAUAAAUUAAAAAAAUUAUUAAUUAUUAAAUUAUUAUUAUCAGUCAUUAAACUUGUUUUCAAACUUAUUUUCCCACUGAUUUUUUUUGUAAACAUUUGUGUUUGUUCUCAGCUGUCACAUGAUGAGAAUCCCAGUAAACAUCUAACUGAAAAAGAUAACUGAAACCUUUCAGAAUUAAGGCAGCUUUGCCAGAAGUGGAGAUGCCCAAAGUACAGAGACAAUACCAGAAGGCUUCAGAAAGCUCAGGUUGAAGCACUGAUCAAACAGAGCAUUGAAAUGAAAUAUAGUUCAGUAUCAUGGUGCACACAAAGAUCACCUCACUUUUAAUUAGGCCUUACAUUCCACCAGAGUCCAACCCUGAUUAUCUCACCUUUCGCCUUUCCCCUCACCUGACUGGGUGACCAUAAUGAUCAGAAAGAUCAAUUAAGCUUGUUCAGGAAGAAGCCUCUCUGCAUCUACAGAGGUGAAUAAUGCACCACAUGCAUGCCUGCUGUCUUUUUAAUUCUUUACUUCUGGGCUGGCAUGGAUUAGGCUGUGUAAUGUAUUUUCUUUAUGGUGAGAUUUCACCUGGAACAGUAGGAAUGCCAGUGUUCCUGGGUCAGUGCCACCUGCUGUACCAGAGCAGCAGAGCUGAAUACUGUUUUAAGCUUAAACUACAGAUGCAUGGGUGAUUUUAGAGAAAACAAAGAAUUUGAGGUUUAAACCGACUUAUUUCACCAAGACAGUCCUGAUGGGUCCAACCAAUCCACCUUCAGAACACUAGCAAAGUUCGAGCGCUGCUUGUGCCUUUCAUUUUCUAUCUAAUAGACGAGAAAUUUCAUAGUGUGAGCUGCAGGGAAGCUAGUCAGCCACAUCUUAAGCCAAAAACAUUGUUUUUGGAAACCUUUUGUUUUGGUAACAAAGCAAUAAGAGCACUGAAUGAGUAUCAGUAUGAUCAGCCUUCCACUGACAUCCAACAUGCAAAGUCCACACAAAGACAUUGCAUAAACCAAAUUUUAUUUAUAUUACAUGUUCUAAAAACAGUUACACCUGUGGACUACAGGUUAUUAAUGAAAGCUUCACUCUGCCACUUUCAUUCUUAGACAGUACAUCUGGCUAAGGCUUAUUUGACUACUCAAAUGUUUCCUAGGAAAUAUGGUGCAGCUCUGUAAGUUCACAGCUAGCCAAGUCUUAGUUGACCAUUUCAAAGUGUCUUUUCUUAAUUUUUUUCACUUCUACCGCUCUCCAUCUCAACAUAUUGUUUGUGAAUGCUGCCUUUUUCUGUUACUCUACUACUGAACGUGUUAAUGUCACAAAAAACCCUAUCAAUUUUAAUGCUUUAUUGAUGUUUGACUAUUUAUUGUACUAUAUGUAUUUCGUGGACGCAUGGAUCUUUGUAUAUAUUUUGGAUUGGCAAACGUAUAUUUAUCAGUCUUGAACUAUAGAAUGUAUUGUAUUAGGAGCAUUAAAGUCUAUAUUUUCUAUCUGCUGUAUGGAGGGGUUGGCAGCCAGGAGGCAGGACUGUCCACCCAUAAUAUGGACUGCAAGACUGUGUGAAUGUGCAAGCCCUGUAAACAUCCUUCAGUGUUCCACUGAGUCUGGUCUACACUGCUACUGUGUGUGUGUGUGUGUGUGUGUGUGUGUGUGUUACACACACACACACACACACACACACACUAGUUUAUGCAUUUGCGAGUGAGUGUGUGUUGUACGUCUGAGUCUCUGUGUGUUUAUUCCUAGAAUGUUGUUUGUCCUGACCUGACCACCCUGAAGUUCUAGAAAGCCUCGGACACGGUUUACAGCAUCCGGAUGCUGUCGGAUGCUGCAGUUUCUAUGGAAUUAAAAAUCAUGUAGACAAA